CCUCUCCUUACAGAGUAUAGCAGAGAUUUUCCAGACCCCACUUGAGCCUGUACUCGAUAUACUUCCUGGGUUGCCGCUGUUGUGCACGGCAGGACGAUACGAUCUCAUUCUCUAUGAUCACUCCAUAUACGCUUGACGACCGUCUGUUAACGGUUAAUACAAAAACCGUGAUGUCGUCAUCAGCAGGUCCCGUGCCGCCAACUGAGAAGGACAUAUUUCGAUAUCGAUACCAACAUGGAACCAACCUCGGCGCCAUUUUUGUACUGGAAAAAUGGUUGAAAGGCUCUAUGUACGAAAAGGGAGCAGAAGGAUCAAGCGAAUUGGCAGCCAUCAAGAGCUCCCUCAAAGCUUCGGGGCUCGAGGCUACCAGAGCAAAGUGGGAGAAACACUGGCGCACGGCAUUGACGGAUGAAGACUUUCAAUGGCUCAAGAAUGUCGCACAUUGCAAUUGCAUACGGUUGCCUAUAGGCUACUUCACACUCGGACCGGCUUUCUGUAAAGGCACGGCUUUCGAUGGAGAGCCCGCGAAAGUCUACGUCAAUGCCUGGAGCAUUGCCAAGGAGCUGAUUGAAAGAUGCCACCAUGAGGGUAUCGGGAUCCUCGUCGAUAUGCAUUGCCUUCCCGGGGGCGCCAACGGCGACGCGCACAGUGGCACCGACAACGGCAAGGCUGAGCUUUGGAAAAGUUCAAAGAAUCUCUCCAGAGCCAAGGACUGCAUCAGUUUUCUCCUGCAGGACAUAGCCCGUCAUGGAAUGCCCGGCGUUAUUGGACUCCAGGUAUGCAACGAGGCCCAGUGGAACGCUUCAGGGAUGUACCAGUGGUAUGACGACGUUCUGGCCAUCGCCAGCUCCGUGGACCCGUCAUUGCCUAUCUACAUCAGCGACGCGUGGAAUCUCACAGCUUGUCUCGACUAUGCGGCGAAGAAAAAUAGAGUUGAUACUCGCACUCCUGUUAACCCUGUGAUCAUCGACACGCACAAGUAUUACACGUUUACGGAGUCUGAUAGAUCGAAGUCGCCGCAAGAGAUCAUCUCUCGGAUUCCCAAAGAACUUGAGGAGCUGAGGAACCGCCAAGGCAGUAUUUCCGAUCACAAGACCGCGGUGGCAGUUUACGUCGGAGAGUAUAGUUGUGUGUUGGACGGACGCACAUGGAAUCGUGUCGACCCUUCCCAACGACCAGAACUGACCAAAACUUUUGGCAACGCACAGACUAAGGUGUGGACAUCGAAGGCCUCCGGCAGUGCGUUCUGGACCUUCAAGAUGGACUGGAUGGAUGGCGGCGACUGGGGUUUCAAGGAACAAGUGAAAAAAGGCGCCAUCCCACCGCCACGCUGGACCACAAUUCCACAGGCAGAAGUGUUGGCCAAGGUGAAAGAGGCAGAAGCACAGCGCUCCUAUUUCAGGAAUCAUUCACUAGCAGAACAUACGCGCUUUUGGGACUCCUCAGCGCCAGGAGUCCACUUCGAGCACUGGCGCUAUGCAUACGGCUGGGACCUUGGAUUCAGCGAUGCGAUGAACUUCUUCUGCGCUAGGGCUCACGGUGUAAUACCAGGAGAAGGCGAUGGCGGUGACAUGAUUGGCGCCAGAGAGCUGUGGUUAAAGAAGCGCAUGCUCGAAACUAAUCAGUUCGGUUUGAACUUUGGUUGGAUAUGGGAAGUUGGAUUCAGACGAGGUGCGAGAGAUUUUUACAGGUUUAUGGGUGUAUAAGGACAGAGGAUAGUCAUACGAUCGACAGACGAUAGACGAAUACCUCUCGUCAAACUCUCCCCUUAUGUUUUCCAUUUUGACGGCGAUUAUUAUUACCCCGGUUGCUUUUAUGUGUCGUCCCUACCUCGCUAGAGGGUCUGGGCUUGCUGAGAUAAGAUCAAAUUGGCAAGUAGUUAACUAAAUAUAGAUUAUUUCCUUCUAACUUUACAAUAUAAUCG